CUACCUUCAAAGCGGAAAGAUCGUGCAGGAAAAUAUCGAAAAGAGUUUGAUUAAAUCGUGAAAACAUAAAGCCGGUGGAUCGUGUGUGGAAUUUUGUGCGCUCCGUUUUCAAGUUGAUAGCAACAAGUGUGUGGAAAAAAGGACUUUGAAAAUUUGUGGACAUUUACGAGUGAUUGAAAAGUUGAUUAGUGAUCUCACGAUGGCUACAGUGGUACGCAGCAUGGCCCUUGGGCCGAACAUGUACAUUCCCAACGGAUCGUCGUUGAUGCAGCAGACAGUGCCGGUGAAUCCUUAUCGGAAGCGACCAAUCGCGCCGGCUCCAGCGAACCCCAUCGUGGGACAUCAACCAACUCUAAGCCUGAAGGAUCGUCCCAUGAUCUCGAAGAAAUAUUGUGCCUUGCCUUACGCUGUUACUCCUCAACAGUCUGCCUCGAUUCAACGGCGCAACGCUCGCGAGCGGAAUCGCGUCAAGCAGGUCAAUAAUGGAUUUGCCAACCUGCGGCAGCACAUUCCCAGCACGGUAGUCACGGCGCUGACCAACGGUGGUCGUGGCCCGCAUAAGAAACUCAGCAAAGUGGAUACUUUAAAAGUGGCAGUCAAAUACAUCCGGAGCUUGCAGCGCAUGCUCGAUGAAGAUAUGGAAAACGGUGGCGAAUCAACCAAGUCCACCGUCGAUAUUCAGGCGCUGUCUCCCGUCUCGUACUACGGAUCGAUGUCGGAGCCGUCAACUGCAUCCUCGCCGGCACCUUCGCAAAUUUCCGAGUACUCCAACUACAGCAGCAGUCAACCGGAAACGAUAACAUCCUUCAAGCGAGAACCCUAUGAUGUGUACUCGGCUAGUCAAACGAUUCCAGUGACAACAACGGCGCUGCCGAGUAUGACCAGUUUUAGCACGGUUACUUACUCGCAACCGAUUCACCAUGUGUACAAAAGUCAGGUGCCGGAGUACCACCAACCGGAAGAGCUCAGCCCGCAGAACACCGACGACGAGGAACUAUUGGAUGCGAUUUCCUGGUGGCAGCAACAGCAGUAGGAUGAAAAAUACUCCCUAAGUUACCUGGCUAGUACAAGACCAAGACUGACGGUUACGAUUUGAAGAUUCAUCAGAUGGAAUGAAAUCCACCAUGAUUGAACUUGAACGAAUUAGUUUGGCUACAGGCACAGACGGAGGCUACAUCUCCUUCUCAUCCUGCGUCCAAUUUGUUUGGGGGUAUGGCUUUGAGCAAAUGUGUAAAAACAGGAUACAGAUUCAGAACUGAUCUCCAGUGGAAAUAAGUCUUGUCAAAUUAUGUUUCUCUCAAACUACAAAAUGGGAAAUGCAUUUGAGUAUCCGUACGGAAAGAAAUCAUUAAUUUCAGAGAAUGUGUACAAAGUAGAUAUAAAAAUGGUUCCAGUGUUUGUUUCUAAGUAAACAUAGUUAGCAACGUUGAUUCUAGUCAAAAACUGAUAGAAAUAAAUAUUUAUGAA